AUGGCGUCCAGUGCGAGCAAAUUGAUCCCUUCUGAUCCGGAGAAGGUGAUGGUCAUCCGGCACGUCACACCUCAGAUCGUCACCCUCAGCACCCCGUUCCUUCGUUUUGGAAGGGUAAAGAUUGGAGGCAGGGGCACGCUGGUCAAGAUGGCCAAUGGCUCUGUUGCUGUCUUCUCACCAGUCGACUUGACGGACACCGUGAAGAAAGAGUCGGAGCUGCUUGGCACUGUCAAGUAUAUCGUCGCAGUGGACCAAGAGCAUCACAUUUUUCUCGAGAGUUGGCACAAGGUGAGUCGAGAGUGCAAGAACACAAGAUGAAGUCCAAGGAGGGCUCAGGACAUCAAGGUGCUAAUCUGACUGUGACAUUGAAGGCCUAUCCAGAUGCCAAAGUACUCGGGCCCGAAACCCUGCCGGCAUACCGCGACAAGCAAGGCUACUUCAAGAUCCCCGACACGCACUGGCAUCUAUUGAAGAAAGAGAACCCUGCCAGCCCUUCGAUCGACCCAGACUUCGACUCCGAAUUCGACGUCGAAUACGUCCACGGCCACGUCAACAAAGAGCUCGUCUUCAACCACAGACCGUCACGUACCCUCAUCGAAGGCGAUCUCCUCUUCAACCUUCCGGCACAUGAACAAUUCAGCAAGACCAACGUCUCACCUGAGUCCGGUAUCUUGACCAAGAUCUUCAACGCAUUGCAGAACACGAAGGGGAGCGCGACGUGGCAAAAGAGAAUGACGUGGUACGGAACCAGUUCAGGCGACAGACCUGCUUUCAACGAGAGUGUCAAUAGGAUCGCGAAGUGGGACUUUGAAAAGAUCAUUCCCUGCCAUGGAGAUGUGAUUGAGAGCGACGGCAAGGGUGUGUUUGAGAAAGUCAUGGAGUGGAAUUUGAAAGCCGGCAAGAAAAGCACCUAA